GCUCCUGGGGGCCCGCCAGUCGCCAGGAACGGAAGCCGCUGCGGGACGUAGAGGAAGCCAGGAUGGCGACUCCCAGCCGGAAGACGACAACCCCCAGCCCCCUGGCUUCCAAGAGGCCGCUCUCGACAGACCUUUCUUCGGAGAUCCCGAGCAAGAGGAAGAACUCGACCCCGCCGUUGUCGCUGCUGCCGUCAUCCGGGUCUUUCGUGGAGGGCUCCAUCGUCCGCAUCGCCAUGGAGAACUUCCUAACAUAUGAUGUCUGUGAAGUAUCUCCUGGACCCCACUUGAAUAUGAUUAUUGGAGCUAAUGGAACAGGAAAGUCAAGCAUAGUAUGUGCCAUUUGUCUUGGAUUAGCAGGCAAACCUGCUUUCAUGGGACGGGCAGAUAAGGUUGGAUUUUUUGUGAAGAGAGGAUGUUCCAAAGGCAUGGUUGAAAUUGAAUUGUUCAGGACUUCUGGAAAUCUUAUAAUCACCCGAGAGAUUGAUGUGACAAAAAAUCAGUCCUUUUGGUUUAUCAACAAAAGAUCUACAACUCAGAAAGUAGUAGAAGAGCAAGUUGCAGCCUUAAAUAUUCAAGUGGGCAACCUUUGCCAGUUUCUACCUCAGGACAAAGUUGGAGAAUUUGCUAAACUCAGCAAAAUUGAACUCCUUGAAGCUACUGAGAAGUCAAUUGGUCCUCCAGAAAUGCACAGGUAUCACUGUGAACUCAAAAACUUCAGGGAGAAGGAAAAACAACUGGAGACCUCAUGCAAAGAGAAAACUGAAUACCUAGAGAAAAUGGUUCAGAGAAACGAAAGAUACAAACAAGAUGUGGAAAGGUUCUAUGAACGUAAGCGACAUUUAGAUUUAAUUGAGAUGCUUGAGGCAAAAAGACCAUGGGUGGAAUAUGAAAAUGUUCGUCAGGAAUAUGAAGGAGUAAAACUAGCCCGUGAUCAAGUGAAGGAAGAAGUCAGAAAACUUAAAGAAGGGCAGAUUCCUAUCACAAAUCGAAUUCAAGAAAUCGAAAGGGAACGUCAUAAUAUGGAGGCUCUAAUCAAAGGAAAGGCAACAAACAUUAAGGAGACAUCACAAAAAUGCAAACAAAAGCAAGAAUUUAUUGAAAGGAAAGAUAAAAAUAUUGAAGAUCUUCAACAGGAGUUAAUAGUAAAACAAAAUGCAGAGCAUGAUCUACAGAGGAGAAUAAGCAAUGCCCGAAAAAUGAUAGAGGAUUUGCAAAAUGAAUUAAAGACUGCUGAAAAUUGUGAGAAUCUUCAGCCUCAAAUUGAUGCCAUUACAAAUGAUUUGAGACGAAUUCAGGAUGAAAAGGGAUUAUGUGAAGGCGAGAUUAUUGAUAAACGAAGAGAGCGAGAGACUCUAGAGAAGGAGAAACAGAGGGAUAAUAUGAAAGAUAAUAAAAAUGCCAAAUAUGUUGAAAAUCACAUUCCGUCUAAUGACUUGAGAGCCUUUGUUUUUGAAAGUCAAGAGGAUAUGGAGAUUUUCCUCAAAGAGGUUCGUGACAAUAAAAAAUUAAGAGUAAAUGCUGUUAUGGCUCCCAGGAUUUCAUAUGCAGACAAAGCACCUUCCAGAUCUCUGAAUGAACUAAGGAUAGAAGUAAUAAAAGAAACUCGUUUAAGACAAAUUUACACAGCAGAAGAAAAGUAUGUGGUGAAAACUUCUUUUUAUUCAAACAAAGUGAUUUCUAGUAACACAUCCCUUAAAGUUGCCCAGUUCCUCACAGUUACUGUAGAUCUAGAGCAAAGAAGACACUUGGAAGAACAACUAAAGGAAAUUAAUAGAAAAUUGCAAGCAGUGGACUCAGGAUUGAUUGCUUUGCGUGAUACAAACAAACAUCUAGAACACAAAGACAAUGAACUUAGACAAAAGAAGAAGGAACUUCUUGACAGAAAAACCAAGAAGAGGCAACUGGAACAAAAACUUAGUUCCAAGCUAGAAAGCAUAAAACUGAUGGAGCAGGACUCUUGUAACCUGGAAGAGGAGGAACGAAAAACAAGUACCAAAAUCAAAGAGUUAAAUGUUCAGAAAGCAAAACUUGUUACUGAAUUAACAAACCUAGUAAAGAUUUGUACUUCUUUGCAUAUGCAAAAGGUAGAUUUAAUCCUUCAGAAUACGACAAUGAUUUCUGAGAAGAACAAAUUAGAGUCAGAUUAUGUAGCUGCAUCUUCAAAACUACGUGUCACAGAGCAACAGUUUGUUGAGUUGGACGAAAACAGACUAAGAUUAUUACAGAAAUGCAAAGAACUUAUGAAGCGAGCGAGGCAAGUAUGUAACCUGCGCGCAGAGCAGAUUGUUCCUCAAGAAUAUCAGACACAAGUGCCCACCAUUCCAAAUGGACACAACUCCUCACUCCCCAUGGCCUUCCAAGAUCUUCCAAACACAUUGGAUGAAAUUGAUGCUCUAUUAACAGAAGAAAGAUCAAGAGCCUCCUGCUUCACAGGACUAAAUCCUACAGUAGUUGAAGAAUAUGCAAAAAGAGAAAAAGAAAUAGAGCAGUUAACUGAGGAACUAAAGAAAAAAAGAGCUGAACUAGAUACAUAUAGGGAAAGCAUUUCACAGGUAAAAGAAAGAUGGCUUAAUCCCUUAAAGGAGCUAGUAGAAAAAAUUAAUGAAAAAUUCAGCAACUUUUUUAGUUCCAUGCAGUGUGCUGGUGAAGUUGAUCUCCAUACAGAAAAUGAGGAAGACUAUGAUAAAUAUGGAAUUCGAAUCAGAGUCAAAUUUCGAAGUAGUACUCAACUGCACGAAUUGACUCCUCAUCAUCAAAGUGGAGGCGAAAGAAGUGUUUCCACCAUGUUAUACUUGAUGGCACUUCAGGAGCUUAAUAGGUGUCCAUUCAGAGUAGUUGAUGAAAUCAAUCAGGGUAUGGACCCAAUCAAUGAACGGAGAGUGUUUGAAAUGGUUGUAAACACGGCCUGUAAAGAAAACACAUCUCAGUACUUCUUUAUUACACCAAAGCUCCUGCAGAAUCUUCCUUACUCUGAAAAAAUGACAGUGUUGUUUGUCUACAAUGGUCCUCAUAUGCUGGAACCAAACAGGUGGAAUUUAAAGGCCUUCCAAAGGCGGAGACGCCGUAUCACAUUCACUCAGCCUUCUCAAUGAAAGUGGAGAAAGGAACCUUUGGAAUUUUUCUUUUAACUGUCUGUGUGGCUCAAUUGAAUAAAAGUUAGCAGAUUUAUUAAAACAGAAAGAUUGGUUAUUUUUGGAAGCCUGCUUUUAACUACAAAUAGAUUGAUGAAGUGGAGAUCACAAUGACUCGCUUUCUGGAACAUUAUCUAGUAGUAAAAAGAUAAGUCUUCAGUUUUGGUUGAAUGAAUCAUUAGUGCUCUGAGUCAUUUGGUUCCCAUGUUUAAAGGUAUUUACUACUGUAAAUUAAAGAUAGGAUGGAACAGGGAUUAUCAAAUCACAGGGUGUUUGUUUGACAAAGUAGCCCUGAACUUUAAUUGCAAAUAAAUUCAAUUACAUUUAGAGCAUAAAGAUGCCUCCAGAACUUAAAUACUGAUUUUUCUCCCAGUGUUAUAUUUAAUUUCAAGAAAUAUAUGUGGCAACAUCUGAUGUAAGGGUAGGAAUUUAUCCUAUUCACUUCCUACUUAAAAAAUUUAUCUUUAUAGGAAGUAGAUUUGUAUGGGCCUUUAAGAGAAGUUUUAUGUAAUUUGAUGUUAUAAUUUGAUGGUAAUUCAUAGGG